UUAAACACAUUCGCCAGUUCCCACUGAAACAAGUAGGACAAUGGUUGAUUGUAAAUAACCUGUGUGCAAAAUAGUCAAGAAAAUUCUCUAAAUUAGAAACUUCUGAAUUUUACUAAACGCUAUCAAGGGAAUUUGCUCGUAUUUUGAAACCGAGCGAAGGGGUACCCGACGCAGCCGGCGGAGGCGCGAGGGAGGACUUGCCCUCGCGCCCUGAGACUGACAUAAGCAUCUCUGGUGAAGAUUUGAACCCAGAUACUGACCACGAGCCAGCAGGUUCGAACGUGAACGCAGAGUCGCGGCCGGCAGACAACGUGGUCUUCAUCAUGAACGCGAAGCCCGAGGACCGCGCCACCAGCUUCUUCGCGCAACCAGGCAUUCUAGCCGCUGUCAUCGGCGGCGCAGUAGUCGGGCUGCUAUGCGCAAUACUAGUAGUGAUGUUCAUAGUGUAUCGUAUGCGUAAGAAGGACGAGGGCUCGUACGCGCUCGACGAGCCGAAGAGGAGCCCCGCCGCCGCCUCUUACGGGAAGGGUCACAACAAUAGAGAGUUCUACGCGUGAGACGAUACAGAACAAGCCAUGCCACGUGUUUACUGAGCGGCUCGCUAGUCCGCACUGUGGGAUCCCCACUCCGCGUGCGACCAGCUAACCGUUAUAUUUUUUUAAAUUUCGACAACGUUCCGAUUCACGUAACGUCCGCACAGAUUAUAAAUUCUUUUACUGACGUGGCUAAAUUGUUCUGUAACUUCAAUAUUACCGACAAAUAAUUUAUUACUUUUGAAUUAUUGACAUAUGCCUGUACGGAUUGUACUGCAAUAUGUACAAACCUGGUACAAAAACCGUGUCUAACCGAAGAGAUUGUAUGGAAUCGCUGAAGAACACUUAAAAUAUUAAAUUAUACUUAUCACUUUGCAGACCAAUUUAAUAGGUAAUGUGGUGUGCUGAUGAUUGUGGUAACAUGAUAAUGAUGUCGAAGUGUGCUGACUCCUUCAUGUUUCGAGACCAAUGUGGUUGAGUGCUGUUUCAUUGGUUGUCCUCACGUCGAUGCUGCAUGAGUCGUAUUUCUUUGUAAAAAUGAAUGUGCCAUCUGCUUUUGACUGUAUAUUGCUGAUUAUUUCUCUUCGCCUAGACUGUAACUAAAAUAAUCUCAAAUGGUCUAUGGACACGUCCAUAUCUAUUGUUUGACUAUGUAAUAUAAUGAAAUUAUAUUAAAAUAUUUAUACAUAUUUAGAUCGUCUCUAAAGAUUUUGAUGUAGAAUUUAUACAAAACAUUACGGACUAUUAAUUGUCUUCAAAAAUGUCAACGAAAAUUCAUUGCUUAUAAUUAUUGUGUCUUUAGGUGUUAGUAUGAUAUCAUUUGUAUCUUUAAAUCGUGUAUCUUUUUUAUGUUCCUUUAGGUGUCGUCAAUUUCUGGUUGGGAAUGCGAAAUUUCGAACUUGUUGACUUUGCUGUCUCUUUCUGGCAAUGCAAUAUUGUCGUUUUGGCUAUGAAUUGAUUAAGGAAUUGACAUACGAGUAAUUGUAUCGUUUAGAAAAUUUAACUGUGUUAUUUUAUCAUCGAUAUUAGUUUUCUUGGGUUUAUCUAGCAUUAGCUAUUUCAUUAUAGUUAUUUUCUUUAUCUAGGUUGUGCAACGAAUCAUUGUUUUAUUCUCUCUUGUCUCUCAUUUCUCUGACAACACUUUUUGUGCCAUCAUCUCUGUUAAUCGUUUGUUUUUUAAUAUUAAGUAAGCUUCCAUUAUUUUUUCUCAGCAGUACGUAAGUUGUACAGUUGCCAGCAAGUCGGCUUGCUAUAAAAUGAUCUUGACCUCUCAAAAUUCAUUGCAGUUAUCAGACUGUGAAAUGAUUUGUUGCCCGACUGUACAUUAUUCCGUUAAUUUAUUAAUGUGGCGUCAAUUAUUUCAGUAAUAUUUGACAAGUCUUGAUAAAUCUGUUUUUCGUAACAACACGUCAAAUAUUUUGAAAUCUCAUUUACAUCUUUUGAUUGACGUACGAAUAAUAUAUUUCGAAUUUUUAUUUUUAUUUUCAAUUUAGAAUUGAUUACAUAUCCGUAUUUUUGCAUUAAAUUCGUAACGAAUAAAAUUAUACUUGAGAACAAAUUAUUUUCACUUAUAUUUCAAAGAUGAUCAUGUAUAAAUUAAUAAUAUUUAACUCGCACAAUAAGUCUCGUAUAUUGUCGUGAAUUAUACAGGGUGUGCAAAUACAUGGAGAAAUAUAAAAACUUUAGUUUUAGAGAAAUAUCGCCUAAAAGAUUAAUAUAUAAAUAUACGAGAAUAAUCUCGUACCAAUAAAUUUGCUCGCAUGAAAUUUGUAUGGAUCGUAAUUGACAGUUUUCGCGAUUUGAGUGUUGCUCGUAUAGUAAUAGUUGCUUUUCUUUGGAUAAUUAGUAUCUGGUUAUGCAUUUUCAAAACAUGCACUCCGUUUUAAUGGACACCCUGUAUUAUUAUUACGACAUAUUAAUGUACUUUAUUGUAUCUAUAAUUGAUGUAUGUAAAGAAGUCGAACAUUUCACUGUACUUCGGAAAAUAUACUUGACUUGGAUUUUCUGCGUGAAAACUGCAUUAUGCAUUAUUUUUACUUUUCAUAUUUUGCUAAC